AGUUAAACAUUUAAAAAUUCAAAUUUUUGUUUUGUCUGCAAAUAUUGGUUAAUAUUAUUAUUAUUUGAAUACUUUAAUAAUUAUUUAUAAAAGCAGUUUUAGUACAUUUUCAUACAGUUCAAAUUUUACAGUUUAAUAUAUGUAGUUCGGUAUUAAAUGUUCAAACGUCCAAAGCAACAAUGACUGAAGAAGAAGAAGAUGAUUACAUGUCCGAUGCUUUUCUUAAUGUCGAAUCCACCCGUGAUGUACGGCCUGGUCUUUUAAUGACGCAUAAGGAUAAACGGUUACAUCAUCAAAUGAAAAAAAAAGAAUUGUGCGAAAUAGCUAACAAAGGAAAUACUGUCAAGCUAUUAGAAGAAAAAAAUCGUCAAGAAGGAUUAGAAAAAGCUAUAGAUAGUAGUAACAAAGGAUUUUCUCUAUUGCAAAAAAUGGGUUAUAAGCCUGGAUCAGGCAUUGGCAAAAAUAAUUGCGGGAGAGUAGAUCCAAUUGGGAUUGUGUUGAAAACCGAUCGCAAAGGGUUAGGAAGAGACGAAGCGCUUAGAGAAAUUAGGGAAAUGAAAAAAAAAAUGAUCCUGAAAAGACUAUCUAUUGCCUCAAGCAUGUCUGUGACAGAGUAUAGAGAAAGAAGAGCUCAAGUAGAAGCGGAAAAACAAGAUCGAUCCGAUUUGUACAGAUGUCAACGUAUAUGUCGCCAAAUGGAUUUAGAAAAGGAUAUACAAGAACCAUCGGAAACAUUUUUAUGGCCCGAAGUUACCGAUGAUACCGACAAAGAUGAUAUCGCUGCAGAAGAUACAGAAGUUGUAGAAGAAAACAUGUCUAUAGCCGAACAAUUAGAAAUAGUAAAAUAUUAUUUAAGAAAAACAUAUAAAUAUUGUGUGUAUUGUGGAACAGUUUAUGACAACGAAGAAGAUUUAGAUAACGAGUGUCCGGGACCUAGUCGCCAAGAUCACUAGAAAGUAAUUAAUAACACAUUCACUUUUGUUUUUGUAUUAACAUUUAUUUAUUUAUCUUUUAUAAAUUAGCUGUAAAAAAUGUAUAAUUUGUAUGUGAUUAUUAAACGAUCAAUUUAGGAACAUAACAUUGUUUAAAAGUUAAAAAUUACAAACAAAAUAU